GCCAUCCAACAUCAACAAUAACAUCACAAGUGCCAUUUUGCAUACAACAUGACAACCAGAUACGUUAGUCGCACUAUCCCUCGCAUCUCCCUGCGGGAUUUCGACCAGCGCAUCGACCAAAUCACCGCCGAGCUGGUCGACGCGGCUGAGAACGUCGGCUUCUUCACGCUCAUCGAUCAUGGCAUCGCCAACGAGGAGAUCGAGAAUAUGUUUUCGACCGCCGAGCGAUUCUUCUCCCUUUCUGACGACAUCAAAGCGACGGUUCCGUGGAAUGCAAACAAUGUCGGAUGGGAGAAGAAAGCCCAAAUCCGACCCUCAACCGGUCAGCCCGACACCAAGGAGUCCUAUCAGCUACAAUUCGGAGAGAACAUGAUCGGACUGUGGAUGGACGACAAACAUCUUCCGGGCUUCAAGGCCACCUCCCUGUCAUUUAUGCACCGCGUCCAGGAAGUUUCCGAGCGACUCAUGCGCUGCUUCGCCCGCGGACUCGGUUUCGACGACGACUUUUUCAUCAAAUGCCACGAUGUUUCACGACCCAACGAACAGACCACCAUGAGACUAUUGCACUAUUAUGCAUUGCCCAGCCAGCCCGAUGGAAAGACCUAUCACCGCGCCGGCGCACACGCAGACUGGGACUUUCUCACCCUCCUGUUCCAAAAAGAGGGUCAGAGCGGACUCGAGAUCUGUCCGGGGCGGGAGGUCGUCACGGAGUUCGGGAUUGGCGAUGAAUGGACACGCGUGGAGGCACACACAGGGGAUAUCGUCUGCAACAUCGGGGAUCUGCUCAUGUCAUGGUCGGAUGACCGAUUCAAGUCAACAUUCCAUCGCGUCAAGGCGCCGUCGGAGCCGGGGGAUUACUAUGGGGAUCGGUACAGCAUUGCAUAUUUCAACCAGCCAUGCAAGGAUGCCUUGAUUCAGGGGCCACAGAAAAAGUAUCCGCUAGUGACAGGGGAACAAUUCAAUGCGAACGCGAUGAAGCGAAACUUUGCAGCGUUGCAGGAGAAGUUGAAGUUGAUGGAACAGGUUGCGUGAUAUGUUUCGAUUCAUGUAUUAGCUGGGAAAGCGAUUAACAUUAUAUGUCUUUGAAUCAGUGAACGAAUAGUCUGGUAGAGAAGACAUC